GGAGCCCCCUCAGUUCGGUCCAAACAGAACGUGAGCUGUUUGUGCUGCUAGCUGUCGUGUGUCAGGCUCGGUGCUGAACUGCUUCAUGCUGCUUCUUUAGCCGCCCGUUCCUUUAAAUCACAACUUCCUGUCGGAGAAUGAGUGAUAACGAUGAUAUCGAAGUCGAUAGUGACGAAGAAUCACCGAGAUAUCACUCUGUGGCUGAUAAGCGAGCACAUCACAAUGCGCUGGAGCGCAAACGGAGGGACCACAUCAAAGACAGCUUUCACGGUUUAAGAGAUUCCGUGCCUGCAUUAUAUGGAGAGAAGGCUUCACGAGCACAAAUUUUAGACAAAGCCACAGAAUACAUUCAGUUCAUGAGGAGAAAAAACCACAGCCACCAGCAAGACAUCGAUGAUUUAAAGAAGCAAAACGCACUGCUGGAGCAGCAGGUUCGUGCACUGGAGAAGGCCAAAGGUAACACUCAGCUCCAGACAAACUACUCUUCCGACAGCAGCUUGUACACAAACCGCAAAGGGAGUGCCGUGUCUGCCUUCGACGGCGGAUCCGACUCCACCUCGGAAUCGGAGCCGGAGGAGCCGCCCAGCAGAAAGAAGCUGCGUGUGGAGCCCAGCUAAACUCAGGUGCUGCUGUCCCUGAUGUUCAAACGGACUCUCCGUACCAACCAGCUUCUCUUACCUGCCCUCUGUCGCUCCUACCUUCUUACACCAGUCUAAGACCCAAGUUGGAGACAGUGUGAUCGGUGCUUCUACCUUGCUGUGUCCUCUUGGCAUCCCGUCACUGUUUUUGUGGCCCGGCAAUGACUUUUACUACCCCCAAAGUGAGGCAGCUCAGCAGUCUUUGAAAGACGUGAAAAAUGUUCAUAAAAUUUCGUUGUAUGAGUCUUUAGUAAAGCUAUAAAAAUCCUUUCUUUUGGACAACCUUUGCAGUCUGUUGUGAGACUAUACYACCUUUGAUGGAAUGAUAAUUAGAAACUGUCUGUUUUUAAUAUUCAUACUUUUUCAGAAAAGAAUGUCAAAGUGUUUUUAGUAAACGUGUCUGAUAUGCAAGAAGAUCCACCCCCUGCCCCCCAGGUUUUAUCUUUGAAACCUUUGUUUAAUCGAAUUCCUCUUUAUAGUGGUGCACCAAAAUUAAUUUUGCAACCAUACACGAUAUAUUCAUGACUGAUUUUCACUGCUUCGGGUAUUUCUUUUCCGCUUUUGUUGUUCUCAGUAAAUAAAUGUGAUUAUUAAAACAAACAAACAAAAAAAAAAACCACCUAAUUGAUACUGAAUGUUACACAAUGAAGUUAAAGGGCAGUUACCUUUAUUUUUGUUAGUGGAGGUCCAUUUCAGUGUGUAGUAUAUAACACUGUAUACUCCUAAAUGGUGUCAGUUCUGCAAAGAAAAGCCUUCCCUUGAAAUAGUUGCCUGUCCUGGGAAUGUUGAUCAAACAGAAAAAGGAAAAAAAAGUGUGUAAUAUUUGUUCCAUUCCAUGGAAAUUACAGGUAUGUUGUACAUACUGCCAAUGGUUGUCUUGCAAGUUAAGGCAUACCUUUAUUAUGARAUUAUAAAUAAAACUAUUUUAUCCUUUUUGGAUGUA